AUGGCGAGAGGGGUUAAUCGAAUUCAAGCGGGUCUUGUGAGCUUCAUUGCUCUAGGCGCAUUUACGUAUGGCUUUGCGUUCGCAGUUUUCAUCACUGCCAUAGGAGAGCCAGGUUUUUUUGCGUACUUCAAGCUCGAUCCAACGUCUAGUUAUACGGCUAGCAUCGAAGGCGCGAUUAACUCUUUAUUCGCUGCAGGCUGUUUCGCUGGAUGCCUAACCCAAGGUUAUGUCGGCGAUUGGCUUGGUAGAAAAAAAGCUAUCAUCAUCAGUCAGAUUAUUGCUCUCAUUGGGGGGGCUCUCUGUGCUGGCAGUGUAGCGAUUGGAGAGCUUAUUGCCUGCCGCUUCAUUCAAGGAGUCGGACUGGGUCAAAGCUUGACACUGGCCUCCGUAUAUCUCACGGAGGUUGCAAAUAAGAAUAACAGAGGUCUUCUCUCCGGCCUGACAGCUUGUGGCCUUGCUUCCGGUUACGUCAUCUGCUCAUGGGUCGGUUUUGGUGCAUACUUUGCAACUAGCGAGACUGUCCAAUUCCGCCUUCCACUUGCUUUAGGAUGCAUUACUCCAUGCAUAACUCUAGCUGGUAUUUAUUGGAUCCCAGAGUCUCCUCGGUUUUUGGUAUGGGCCGAUCGCAAGGAAGAAGCGUGGGAGGUGAUCCGGAAACUCCAUUAUGACAGCCAAGAUCCUGAAGAGCUGGUCGCUCAUGCUGAAUUCCAACAGAUUGUUCUACAGGUCGACCAUGACAAGAAAGAGAGGGUGACAUACUGGAAAAUGUUCACUGUCCCCUCAUGGAGAAGACGAAGCCUGAUCGCGAUCUUCCUGCUAUACGGCACCCAGGCAAGCGGCAUCCUGGCAAUAGGAAACUUUCAGAUCAAUCUCUACUCUAAGCUUGGUUUAUCUGGGUGGCUACCCUUGUUGUUUUAUUGCAUGUAUGCACUCCUGGGAACCAUGCCGAACUUUGUCUGUGCAGCGUUUAUGGAUCGCAUCGGAAGAAGAAAGCUUCUGCUGAUCGGAUAUCCGUUGCUCACAGUAAUGCUGAUCAUAGAAAUGGUCUUGCAGAAGUACUACUCUUUCGGAAACAGUUCAAGUAAGUCCGGAAUGGCAGCCACGGUAGCAUUCUUAUGGUUGUAUGUCAUCGUAUACGGCGGCUGCAUUGAUCCGACACAAUUCGUCUACUGCUCUGAGAUCUUCCCGACAACCCUGCGAGCCAAAGGCAUUGCACUGGGCUUUGGUGCCUAUUUCCUAGGUGCAAUCACUUUUACCACGCCUGCAGCGACUGCGGCUCAAAACAUCGGCUGGAAGAUGUAUCUUGUCUUCAUUGGCUGCAAUAUAGUCACCACGUCACUUAUCUAUUUUUUCGUCCCGGAAACCUCCAAUCUGUCGCUCGAGGAGAUUGGCGAGCUCUUCGGCGACGAAGUGAUCGUUCAUCUUACGGAAGAUGGACAUGGAAUUGUCGAGGAUAGAAAGAUGGAGGUGGACCAUGUUGAACUCAUGCCUAUACCAUGA